CUUCACAGCAGAGUGGCCACUACCAAGUAUCGGCCCCACCAGAAUCGAUCUCCUGCUAAUCCUGACAGACUGAUACCAGUGACGGAAGCUGAACGACGUGAAGAGUUUCUUCGAAAAAUUACCCCAGACCACCCUCUGAUGGACUUCAUCAUGCGCUGUCUCAGCAACAACUCUCAGCAAAGGCCUAGAGCAGCGGAGAUAGUGGGUCGGAUGGUGGGUGUGGCACUUAAACACCCUCCCUCCUUUGAGAACAGAGUGGAGAUGCUCCAGCGAGUGAGUGCCCUACUGACAGAGAAGAGGGAGCUUGAGGAGGAGGUUGUGAGGAAGGACUCGGCAAUCCAGGAGAAAGCAGGAGAGAUCGAGGCACUGGCGGAGGAGAAAAGACGACAAGAGGAAGAAAGUGAAAACACUGUCGAGCGUAUGCAGUUGGUGCACUCUGUGGAAACUGAUCAGUUUAAAUUGGAGAUUGAAGAUUUUAAAUGUCAACUCGAAGAUAAAGAGAUAAUUUUUAACAUGAAAGAUACUACAAUCGCUAGGUUAGAAACUCGAUGUAAGCAACUCACUGAAGAGGUGGAGCAACAAAUUGCCAACGUCAACUACACUCACAACGAGCUUGUAUCUAAAGCUACGAAAAUAGCUCAACUGGAAACAGAUGUCACCAAUCUCGCUGCACAAGUGGAACAGAAGCAAGCUCGUUUAGCUGACCAAAACACUAUUAUCGUUCACAAAGAUUUUACUAUUGCUGACAAAGAUUCGAUGCUUGCCUCCAAGGACACUUACCUUCAGAAAAAUAAAACUACCAUUCACAGUUUAAACGACCAACUCACCAAAACUAGAGACUACAUGACCAGCAAACCACAGUCCCUACAGGUUCAGUUGUCCUACAGUCAGUGCUCUGAGGCUCCAGUGAAGAUGUCUCGUGGGCGAGCAAUAACCAUCAAUGGCAAGGUCUACUAUGGUGGAGGAGUCUGUGAUGAUGAGUACUGUGUCCACUGUUACGAUCCGCCACAAGACGUCUGGUCAACUCUGCCCAGCCUUCCUGUACGCUAUUUUGGUCUAGUGGAGGUCAAAGGUGAACUGGUAGCAGUUGGCGGUAUGGAUUCAUCAUUCUCUAGAUCCAACGUGGUACAUGUGUUUAACAAAGGAAGAAACUGGAAACGGACGAUCCCACCCAUGCCCACAGCGAGGGAUUCACCAGCAGUCGUUAGUCUCCCAACGCAUCUGGUCGUAGCAGGAGGUGAUGUGGCCUCUGGUGGCUACACUGAUAAUGUUGAGAUCUACAACAUCAGCACCUCCCAGUGGAGUGAGACAGACAGACUACCGUAUGCUUGUCGUGGCCUAAGAGGAAUUGUCUACAACAACACAGUGUACCUAAUGGGGGGAUUUGACCUCUUUAUUCUAAACAAGGUGUGUGCUGCUCAAGUCGACAAGCUCAUCUCAGCAGACCGACAGGAUGAUAGGAGUGCCAACAAAGCCGACUCUGUCUGGAAUACAAUAUCCAACACACCGUCUUACCGGCCCUCCCCUGUAACGAUAUCCGACACCCUCUUUGCUGUUGGUGGAAUGGAUAGUGAACGUAAAGCCACUCAAAUAAUCUACGCCUACUCAUCCUCGAUGGACUCCUGGCUCUACGUUGGUGAUCUACCAUCUCCUAUAGCACACGCUGCCACUGUGUCAAUGUCUCCAACAGAGUGCCUUAUGAUUGGGGGAGAAAACAAUAAUGAAGAAGAUCAAUCUACUGUGUAUAAAAUGAGAACCACAACAACUAUUUCUUAUUUAUAUUAUGGUAUGAUAUUUUGUAUGACUCAAAUCAAACUCUGGACUCAAAUGUUGAUAACAGAUGAAAGGUUUUGUGUGUAACCAGCCCCUCCCCCUUAGAUUAUUGCAAUGUCAGCAUAAACGACCCUCUUCCACAUACGUGUACAGCUCAAUGGUUCUCCUGAUGAAGACACUAACUGUUCUCCUGGCCGGCUGGUGUCCUGUGCCCUGUCAGCGUUAUUCUCCAGUGCUGCUGGUCUCCUGGAGGGACUCUACUGUGGCAGAGAGAGCUGCUAUGACGUUCUUCAAGUGGACAAAGAUGUCACAGCUGUAAGUACGUGGUGGAGCUAUUGACUGUGCUUACACACUGUUGCUUGGUUAUAGGCUGAGAUGAGGAGAGCCUAUCGACACCUGGCACUGGAGUACCAUCCUGACAAGAACAAGGCUGAGGGCUCUAGGGGUUCCAGCUCAUCAGCACGACCUACGAGAUACUGAAGGAGGAGGAGGAGAGAGCAAAUGACUACAUGCUUGAGAACCCUGAGCAAGUGUACCGUCACUACUAUCACUACUACCGUCGUCGAGUGAACCCCCAGGUGGACAUCUGAGUGGUUGUGGGUGUGGCCAUCAGCGUCAUCUCUCUGGUCCAGUACCUCGACUGGUGGCACUCAUACAAUACAGCCAUCACUGCAGCUCAGAAUGCCAAGGUAGAAGAUGCUUGUGCAACGUACUAUGAAAGUGCCAGCCCCAUAAGAAGGACUGGGAGAAAUCAUUACUCUCAGCAAACACUCGUACAGAUGGUCCCUCUAUAAUUAUAUAACUGUCACUGAUCAUGCAUCAUUCAUUAUUAAUUUUA